GGAACAAGGACUUUAUCAUUCCUUGCUCGUUUGAUUCAGACCCUGGUUUCUGUACUUCAUGCAAAAAAAUGGGUCAUGCCUCUCCUAGUUGCAAAGCACAAUUACCUACCAGGAAACUCGCCGGAAAGGGUAAAGCUGUUGAACUUGGAGAUACUGGGGAUCUGCCUUGGAAUACAGCCAAAGGGAAAAAGAAAAAUACAAGCAGAUUGAUAACCCCUUUCAACAGUCAUUACAAUCAGAAGUGGGUCAUUGAGGAGAGGACUGGAACAACAACUAUCUGCCAAAAUUCUUUCCACUUGCUAGAUCAAUCCGUGGACACCCAGCCUUCUCACAACAUUGCUCCCAACAACCCUCCAAAUAAUCUCAGCCACACCACUUGCACUUCACUGCCUUCUGGGCCACACUCUCCAUCUUGCCGCAGGGACCCACCUGAUACUAACACUAUACACGAGGAGUUUUUUCCAUCCCUAUCAGAAGCGAAGGAAUAUGCCAAGAAAAUUCCCAAAAGCCAGCAACAAGUAACAUUUAGUGUUAAUACACCCACCUUGAUCUCCAUGGAUGACUGUCUCCACAUAAAUGUUGAUCUGGGUCUUGGCUUCCUUCUGGGCCCCCAGCAUUGCCACAACUCACCUGCAAAAUCCAACAAUGCCUUUCAACUUGGGUAUCACUCAGAAGUUUAUGGUAAACAUACUGGAAUUGAAAGAAGGCAACUCUGGAAUGACAUAUCUAAUAAUAUUAUUGUUGAUACCCUUUGGAUUGUUGGGGGAGAUUUCAAUGCUAUAUCCUCCAUUGAUGAACAUAAAGGCACAUCUACUCCUAACCUCACAGACAUUACUGAAUUUAAAGACUGCUUUGAGGCCAUCCCUCUUAUCAGCCCCUUCUUCACAGGGGGGUUGUACACAUGGAGUGGGGUCAGGGGUAGAGGAAGGUUAUGGAGGAGGCUGGAUAGAGCUUUGGUUAACUCAAAGGCAAUGGAUUUCUUUUCUGAAGUUACUAUCAAACAUCUUAGCAGAGCGACCUCUGAUCAUAAACCUAUUUUCUUACACUGCUCACUGGACUCCUUCAAGGGAGCCAAGCCUUUUAGAUUCCAAGAUUUCUGGAUAUCACACCAUUCCUUCUAUAAAGUAGUGGAGGACUACUGGAAUAUGCAACCAAUGAUUGGAGGAAUGAGGGGCCUGGCUGUAAAACUACAGGGACUGAAACCUAUUCUCAAAGCCUGGAGUAAGGAUACCUUUGGAGAUAUUUUUGAAACUGUCAAGAAGGCUGAACUUAAAGCUUUAAAGGCACAAGAGGACUAUGAAACUAACCCCGGGGACACUCUAAAAUGCCUUGCUAAUCAAGCCAAUGCUGAACUUAUAGUGGCUUCAAACAGAGUAACCACCUAUUGGAAACAAAAAGCUCACCUAAAGUGGAUGGAACUUGGUGACCAAAACUCUUCCUUCUUCCACUCCUAUGUGAAAGGUAGGAGAGCUAGUCCGAAGAUUAGAUCAGUUUCAACAGCUGGGGGCAAAAAACUCUUCCAGGAGGAGGAUAUUAAAAAUGAGGCUGUGGAAUACUUCAAAAAUGUCUUCAGCAGUAUCACCUUAGUGGAUGACCAGGAGAUUCUUAGACAUAUUCCUACACUAAUCACCACUGAGGACAAUAACUCCAUGACACUAAUUCCUAAGGAAGAAGAAAUCAAAAAGGCAGUGUGGGAGCUUAAUCCUAAUGCAGCAUCAGGUCCAGACGGAUACAAUGGAGUUUUCUUCAGAACUUGUUGGAGCAUUAUUAAGGAGGAUGUGGUGAAAGCUUCUCAAGAAUUCUUUAUGGGUCUCCCUAUCCCUAAAUCUUUUGGAUCAACUUUCAUCACCCUAAUCCCUAAAAAGGAGGACUGCAAGAGCUUCUCUGACUUCAGGCCCAUCUCACUCUCAACUUUUAUGAGCAAGAUAAACUCCAGGAUACUCACUACCAGAAUCCAGCCACUUCUCUCUAAGAUUAUAUCUAAAGAGCAGGCAGGUUUCCAAAAAGGUAUGGGUGUUGAAGACCAGGUUCUUAUGACUUGUGAAAUGGCUCACAGUUUGGACAGGAAAUGUGAGAGUGGUAAUGCUAUCAUCAAGUUAGAUAUGGCUAAAGCCUUUGAUAGAAUUGAAUGGGGCUUUCUCAAAAGAGUCCUUGGAGGAACAUUCUACCUUUCCCCGAGAUUUUCAACCAGAUUGGGUUUCACUUACCUUCGCAAUGUCCACUCUGCAAAAAAUGGGAAGCACAGAUGGACCACACUCUACUUCAUUGUGAAUUCAGUGCUCCAGUUUGGGACUUCUUUUGCAACAUCCUACAAGGCCCAAAACUCAGAGAAGGAAUCACUCUAAGGCAACACAUCUUCGAAUGGUGUCUUCGUCCUAGCAAUACAACAAUUCGCAGCAAUCUAAACGUGGUCAUACCUGCACUUAUUUUACCGCACAUGACCAAGUGUGGCAAAAAGAUCAGAUCGAUACUUCAUCGAUUGGACACACAGGCCACAACGAAAAUGUAGGGCAGUCGCGCUAAGAGACGUCGCCGGGGAUAGGGUUUCGACCCUAGCCCCCAACACUAUUGACGAUGGCCUGAUCAGCGACGAGGCAGGGAGCAACGACAGUAUGGAGUGGCGACCGACAAUUUAGUGGCGAUUGUUGUGCCAAUCUAAGAAACAAAUCCAGCACCUAUGGUGAUGAAAAUGAAGAUUUGAGCUUGAAGAACAAAUACAUUUAUACCUUAUAAUUGCAGGAUUUGUUGUCUAUACUUCAUAGGUUGGUAAGUGGCUUUCAUUUGCAUUCUUUUUAAUGAAAGGUGAAAUAAAACUUUCUUUUUAUUUUGAUAAAAAAAUAGUACUCCGUGAAAUUUUACUUUUGGUGAUAAUAGGUUGUAUGUUGUGUUUACCAAAGCCUCAAAUCAUUCAUUUUUGUAUGAGAUCAGAAGACUGUGCAUCUGUAACUCCUAUGGGAACAACAGCUCAACAAUCCCCAAUAUUGGAAACUACCAU